AUGCCUGUUUUUGAUGGAUCCGAAGUCUAUGAGUGGUUAUCCAAGGUAGAGAGGUUCUUUCGCGUCGGUCGUUACUCUGACUUUGAUAAAAUUGAUAUGGUUGCGUUAAGUCUUGAGGGAGAUGUAUUAAAGUGGUUUAACUGGGAGAUGAAUCGCAGAGAGUUUUGUUCAUGGAAUGAGUUCAAACAGAGACUCUUUUUACGGUUUGCUGAAUCCAUUGAGGCGGAUCCUGGUAAUCGUUUGUUUGCGAUCAAACAAACUGGGACAGUAGCAGCUUAUGUAACAGAAUUUGAAGACUUAUCUGCUCAGGUUCCUGGUUUAGAUGACUCUCAUUUGGAAAAGAUAUUCUACAAUGGUUUGAAACAGGAGAUGAAAGAAGUAAUCAAGAUGAAGGAGCCCAAAGGGAUUGAUUAUCAGAAAGCUGCAGUUUUAAGAAUGGAAUCAAGUUCCUUUUGCCAGUUAAUUAGUGAGAAGAAUAACAAGACUAGCAUCACUUCCAGACCUUUUGUAACCCGAACUCCACAACAAUAUACAACUCAUAAACCUCUGAUAGUUCAAGCUGCAGCUGGUCAAGGAGCUCAAACCACAGUUAAUACACGACCAGUUCUUCCCCCUAGACAACGUCACACAGCAGAAGAAUUAGACGCUAUGAGAAGCAAGGGGAUUUGCUUUAAGUGUAAAGGUAAUUACACUCGUGGUCAUGUAUGUCCACUUAAGGCUUUACAAAUUUUAACGGUGGUCGAAGGUUUGGAACUGGAAGUAAUGGAUGAGGAGUGGCAUCCUGAAGAUAUAGGGGAGAUUAUUCAAGCUCCAGAAGUGAGAUGUUUAUCUCUUAACUCUUAUCUCGGAUUGCAUUCUCCAAGGACAACAAAAUUGUGGGGACAGAUAGGGAAGAGUAAGGUAGUAGUAUUGAUUGAUUCUGGGGCUUCACAUAAUUUCAUUACCCCUACAAUGGCAGCCCGUACUAAACUCAAGGUUUACACAGUUUCGGGUUUGGAUAUAUUGUUAGGGAAUGGUGUAUCUGUCCAAGGUUCUGGGAUUUGUAAACAAGUACAGUUCCAACUGGGUGGUGUAGCAUUUGACAGUGAUUUCAUUGCUUUAGACUUGGGUGGUGUGGAUGUUAUUCUCGGAGUUCAAUGGUUGGAAACACUGGGAAGAACAGAAGUUGAUUGGAAGUUGCAGGAGUGGCAGUUUACUUAUAAGGGACAAUUGGUAACAUUACAUGGUGAUCCUUCUUUACAUGGACAACCGUUAUCGUUGAAGACUUUGGACUCUCCUCCUCGCAAAGCGCUAACUGAUAAACAUUUGAUGGAGUUAUCAAAAGGGAAGAAGUUAUCCACGGAAGUUGUUGUAUCACCCCUUAUCAAUUCUUUGCUAGAGAAGUUCGAGAAAGUGUUUGCUAUACCUACUUGUUUACCACCAAUACGAGGUAAGGAACACUCAAUCACACUUAAACCUGGGGUACAGUCUAUCUCUGUAAGACCUUACCGUUACCCACACUCUACAAAGGAAGUAAUGGAGAAGAUGGUGGAUGAAAUGUUGACUUCAGGAAUCAUUCGUGUUAGUAACAGCCCCUUUUCAAGUCCGGUAUUGCUGGUGCGCAAAAAGGAUUCCUCCUGGAGGUUCUGUGUGGAUUACAGAACCUUGAAUAGGGCUACUGUUCCUGACAAGUUUCCGAUUCCAGUAAUAGAUCAGCUGUUGGAUGAGUUGCAUGGUUCAGUGAUUUUCUCAAAAAUCGAUCUAAGAUCAGGCUAUCACCAAAUAC